AUGGCUUCCACAUCCGCCUCCGCCGAUCCGCCCGACUCGCUCUACACGCAGGAGACGAACGGUGCCCGAGUGCCAUGGUGGCAAAGAAACCUGCUCCUCAACCAGCCGGUCCUCUUCGGCACCUGGGACGGCGUGUUCCCGACGGUCAUGGUGAACAUCUUCGGGAUUAUCGUCUUUUUGCGGAUGGGCUGGAUUGUGGGAACUGCCGGUGUCGCCAACGCUCUCCUCCUUCUAGCCAUCGGCACCGCGCUUGCGCUGAUAACCGUAUUCUCGGCUAUAGGUAUCUGCGAGCGGACCAGAAUGCAACCGGGCGGGUUGUAUUUCCUGAUCUCGCACGUGCUAGGCGCGAAAAUCGGCGGGGCCACGGCACUGAUCUACGUCUUCGGGCAGGCAGUUGCGACCGGGCUUGUGGCUGUUGGCUUCGGGGAGUCGAUGCAGCACUUUUUUGGCACCGAUUCAAAAGCUGUUGUGAAGGUGAUCGCGAUCAUCACGUUGAUCGCGUUGACUGCCGUUAACGCUGCCGGUGUCUCCUGGGUGGUUAGGCUUCAACUAAUCCUGCUGGCCUGUAUCGGGGCGGCCACCGUCGACUUCUUCAUGGGCAGUCUGUGGACGGUAGAUUCUGAACACGGUGUUGGUCACUUCUCGCUCGACCGGAUGCGCGCCAACUCGGAUCCAUUCUACGAAGCGGUCAAUUGCUCCGUUAUUGGAAUCGAGAAAACCAUCCCGGCCCAGAGCUUCUUCACCGUGUUCGGUGUGCUGUUCGCCAACUUCCUGGGGAUCCUGGCGGGCGUCAACAUGUCCGGUGAUUUGCGCGAUCCACAAAAAUCCAUCCCACUCGGUGAGCUCUCAGCCGUGGGCCUCUCCUCAUUCAUCUGCUUCCUCUUCAUCCUCGUCCUCGGCUCGGUUGUCGAUCGCUGGUGGCUACUGUGUGACCAUUUGAUCUCAGAACGGGUCUCGCUGACCGGCUGGUUCUUCAUGGGCGGCUUGUACAUUUGCUCGCUUUCUUCAACCAUCGGCUCACUCCUGGGAACUCCUAGAGUAUUACAGGGUAUCGCAGCUGAAGGACUGAUCCCUGCCCUGGCUCCACUUGCCCAAGGGACUGGUGCUAACAAAAAUCCCGUCCUCGCCACUAUAGUGCUAAUGGGAAUAGCUUGUCUUUUCGUACUUCUGGGUGACCUGAAUCAGCUUGCCAUCUUGUCUACGAUGCCCUUCAUGAUCACCUACGGAAUGGUGAACUACGCUUAUGUCUCCUUGGCGAUGAGCUUUGACCUGGUCAGCGUCACGGAGGCCGUGGCCGCUCCCUCGUCGUAUGGCUCAACGCAACAGAUUGCGGGACGUUCUGACUUGGAUGAGCUUUUCCCAGAAAGACAACAAAUGAGCACAGCCGGCCAGGGUCUCGAAACCAGUGCUGAUAUUGUCUCGCAGCCGACCUCCUGGUACUCCCAGUUCAGCAACAGAUACGUUGCGUUCAUCGGAUGCAUGAUCAACUUCCUCAUCCUCCUCUUCAUCAACUUCUGGUUCGCCGUCGUUCAUUUCGUGGCCCUGUUCUUGCUCUAUUUCUACAUUGGACAGGUCACACCGGCGUGCUUCCCUGGCAUCUCACAAUUCUCAUUGGUCCACAUGUUCAAGACGGCUUUCUCGUCGAUCGAAAGCAUUGGCGUAUCGGGCGCGAGGCAAUUCAUUGGGUCGUCAGGUCCGACGCCCAGCGAAUACUGCACCGAGCAGCUCAACGAACAAAGCAGUGAUUAUGAGCAACGAAAACCGUAUCAUCAUGCCAAAGACAUGACCAAUGAAUUCGAC